GAAGAGCACACACGCGGUUUUGAUUGUCUCUGCUCUGCAGUCUAGGCAGACGGAGAACCGGAGAACCGCAGUCCUUGCUGUAGGACAUGAAGACCCCGUGCAUUUCCCGCUGGCUCCUGGGCAUGGCGCUCCUCCUCUGCUCCGUGCACACCCGCAGCCUCAGGAGAUGUCUGAGUUCCGUGGACAUGGACCUUAUAGGACUCAGUAUCUGUGACAUCAAAAAAGACCUGCAAACGAAAGACACCUUCAAAAAUAUCACCAUCCUGUCCUCACUGAAGAAUCUGGACAGCAUUAAGCCUGUAGAUGUGUGCUGCGUGACCAGCCACCUCCUGACCUUCUACAGAGACACGGUGUUCAAGGACCAUCUGGAGACAAGCAACGAGGACAUGGAGAAAAUCAGCAAGCUCUCCAACUCGUUCCUCCAAAUGCAGAGAACACUGGAGCAAUGUGUUCAUAGUCAGUGUAACUGCAGUCAGGAAGCCACCAAUGCAAUCAGAAUCAUCCAAGACAACUACAAUCAGCUGGAGGUCUCAUCUGCUGCCCUUAAGUCUCUGGGAGAGCUAGAAAUCUUCUUAGCCUGGAUUGUGAAGAAUCAUUGAAAGGCUUCUGCAGAUUGACACUAAGUGCCUUGUCUGACUAGGGAUACACAACCCACUGCGAGCUCUCUCUCUCUCCCGACCCCUCAGUGGUCAACAGCUAACUCUGAAGAGGAGAGAGAUGUGGAAAGCUCCCAUAAUUAUCUAAAGUGAGGGUCUCUUCUUGGAGAUUGCUGAUGUGGAAGGUGUCCUCUCUUCUGGGCUGGAUCCUCACCGGAAGAGUCAGGGUUUGAGUUGCUCUCAGCAGCUGCUGAGGUCUCGGCUCUCUGAUUCCACCUGACACAGCCGAGUUGGCAGCUAUGGUAUUUAUGGCAGUGCGUGGCUUUUGAACGAUCCCGGACGCUGUCCCAGCUCCUCUAAUUUAUUGUGAAGUGGCUUCUCCCAAGCCUGUGCUGUGCACCUUAUGGUGAGCUAUAGUGCAUAUUGUACUGACUGUCAUUUAUGAAUAAACUGGGCUUUACCUAUGA